UUGCAGUUUCACCACAUAGCAAACCAAAAUGAUCUUAAAAAUACAGAUCUGUGCCACCGUUCCUUCCUUAAGCUCUCUUACUCAUUGCCUAGUGCUGCUCAGGUGAAACCCAGGCUCCUCAUGUGGGCCCAGGCAGCCUGCCAGCCUUGGCCCUGUCGUCGCUGGCCUGGUUUAGUUCUUCCAACAAGUCAGGUUGUCUGAUAUAUCUCCAGGAGCUCCUGCUGUGUGCAUCUGCAAGUCCCCCCCCACCCCCCCAGUGCUCUGUGGCCCUGCAUACUGCCUGUCUCAGCCACACCCCUGCAGGCAGCUGGCUAUCUUCUACCCCUUGUGGCCAAGGAUUUGUUCAGUGAAGUCUCUUGGCCUUGAGUGAGUCCUGUGACUCACUCUUGUACCCUACAUGUUCCGUUUUCCCCUCCAGAGGACCAGCCUGUAUGUUGAAGUCCUCUUUUGGUUUGAACACUUUUUUCUAGUUUGUAAUGCUCCUUUUUCAAGAAAGUUUUGGUCAGCAGGGCAAGUUGGCACCCAUCUGUAACCCUAGGAACUUGGGAGGCUGAGGCAGGAGGAUUACAAGUUUGAGACCAAUCUGGGCAACUUAGCAAGACCCUGUCUCAAAAUAUAAAACAAAAAGGGCUUGCCCCGCCUGGGCUCGAGGGAACCGCGGCACCGCCCCAACCGGCAUGUGGGGUGGGCGCCCCCGGGCCCCCGAGGCGGUGCCUGGCUGCGCCAGAGGACGAGGAAGAGGAGCGGCGGGUGGCGCCCGGCUCCCCAGGCACCGCAGCCCGGAGCACGGGCUCCCCGGAGGGAGUUUGGGGCGUCCCAGCCCCGCAGGAGGGACCCGGAAGCAGAAGCGGAGCCGCGAGUCGAGCGGAGCCGCUGCCCCCGCUGCCCGCCGGCGCCGGGUGGGGGUCCUGGCGGCUGGAUGGGCAGCGGCGGCGCGGGCCGCGAUGGGUGAGGAGCAGGGCACGGUGAGCAGCGGUGGGCCCCAGGAGGCACGGGGCCGGACGCGAGCGCCGCGGGCCACCCCAAGCCCCCGAGGCCGCGGGGGCGGGGACAGCGCCUGGACUGCGCGACUCCUUUCGGAGUCGAGUGGCGGCGACUGCGGAAGGGACUCAGGAUGUGCGGACACGAGUGCCCUGGGGCCCUUGAGGAACCAUGGAGCCCCGGAGUGGAGGAAGAGCCACGCACUGGGGCAGCCCGCGGGACUGGCACUCACCGGUCCCCUCAAUCCCCAGACUUUGCAACUGCAGCUGGAGCAGGAGGAGGAAGCUGGGGACAAAAAGAGGGAGGGGAUGAACAGCAGGAGGCGCGCCCCCGUGGAGGAGACGGAGCCCAGGACCCUCGUGGCUCCCGAUGGAGUGGUCCUGGACGUGCUGGGUCAGCGGUGCCUGCCCCCGGCCAAGAGACAAGUCUUUUGCUCAGUGUACUGCGUGGAGAGUGACCUGCCCGAGGUCCCCACCACCGAACAGCUUUCGCCUUGGGCUCCGCAGGUGCCCAACCCCUCCAACCCUCCGUCCUCCUUCCCCAGCCCCAGGCUGCCCCUCCUGGCUGACCCCCUUUCUCCCGACAUUGGCAGCAUUGAGCUGGAGUUCUACCUGGCGCUGGAGCCAUUCUCCCUGCGAGGCCUGUUAGGAGCUCCACCCUAUUCUGGCCUGGGCAGGGUAGGGGAUGCCUAUGCGCCCCUCAUGGUGCUGAUGUGCCCCGUGUGCCUGGAAGACAAGCCCAUCAAGCCCCUGCCCUGCUGCAAGAAGGCUGUGUGCGAGGAGUGCCUCAAAGCCUGAGCUCCCAGGUUACACCAGGGACUUCAGGAUUCAGUUUCCCUUCGUAGUCACCCUGGCACUGCUGUGCCUGGAAGCAGUGCAACAGAUGAGGAACUCAGCAGUGAUCUAAGAUCAGCCAGUUUCAAAGACCAACCCUGCCUGGUCUGCCACGGUUCCUAAAACUCUUCCCUUGGACUCAAAUUUCUGUUAAGAUAUGCCUCCAAAAAGAUGAGAGGUGAAAUUCAUCUAUAACCUGAAUAGGUUAACACACUAAACCAUUGAUUGGCAUGUUUGACACAUUAGCAAACUCUUUAGAUUUGUUAAAUUGCUGUAGAAGGCGGUAAUUAUAAAAGUGGUGUGGUAGUGGUAUAGGUAGCAAAGAACUCAAGAAAUGAAAUAGGGAUGUUAAAAGGGAAGGAAGCAAAACACCUAAGAUAAAAUUUUCUUAUUUUUAAGUUCUGUACGUGACCGACUCCACAAAAGUAUAACUUCCGGGAUACUAAAAAGCUAAGGACUAAAAGUAAAUACUGAGUGUAACUGGGUAGUCAACUCGAAUGAUACAGGUAGUAAUAGCCACCAUUUACUGUGACCGUGUCUGUGUGUCAGGUGCCAUCACAUUCUCUUCUGUCAUGAUUUUCUGACAAUUUAGGCAUUAUUAUAUUAACCUGAGAAGUCAUGAGCCAGAGGCUCAGGCAGGUUAAUCACUUUCUGGACUAGGAUAAGUAUUGAGCUGAACUGCAAAUCUGGUGAGGUCUGACUUCAGAUCAUGCUUCUUCCACCCCCUGUAUUUCAAUUUCUUGAUCCAUUGUUCUAGCCUGUUUAUUUAUUUUUAUUAUGUAAUUAUUCAUAAAAGAUCACUUGGUUUACAAUGUUUUAAAGCUUGUGCUAACAUUAGGCUAGAUGCAUUUUUUGUUUAAAUAGCUUCAGCAGUUGUGCAUGAAGAGCAAGGAAGAGUUGAGUUUUAAAAAAGUCACCUUUAAUUUAAAAAACACUUAAUAGAAACCAAGUAUUAUUUCUUUCAUGGCAUUUUUCUAUUUAGUCCUUUACUUUCUGUUGCAUUUUGUUUUUCUUUAUUCCUUCUCUGUGUAUCCACUUCCAUCAGUGCUGGUGUUUAAAGACAUUUUUUUAGUAGGAUAUUAACUGCUAGCCCUAGUUUUUAGUGCGGAGUUCUUGACUUUUUCCUUUGUCUUAAUAAGCAUUUUAGUGUGAGUCGAAGGGGUCACAUCAGGAGGUGCUGGCCAAAUACCACUUUUAAAUCAAAAGCCACUUUCUCCUUUUAAAAGAACAGUCAUUGAACAAAUAUAUAUUGAAUCUAACAUGAAGGCCUAAGUUAAUAAAAGGGGUAGGGAGAGGUGUUUGAUAUCUAGUCAUCAAGAGAUAUAAUUAAAAAGAUGCAAUAAACUAUGAAGGAAUAAAAAGGAAUUGAGACAUUUGGGAAAAGUCCAAAUAUUUAAAAUAUAGCACAUAUAAUACUAAAAUAGACUGUAUGUCUAAGAGCUAACCUGGUUAGUAUAACAAUGAGUAUUUUUCAGUUUGUGUAGCUUACCUGUCAGAAUAUGAGAGGUCUUUGCAAAUUAAUAUUUAUUGAUAAUAUGAGAUAACUACAGUGAAUAUAACAUUUCAAAGUACUCUGUCAUUUCUUCAGUGCAUUUUUAUUUAUCAAGUGUUUUAAUGUUGCAUGUCCCCAUUACCGGUAAUGGUUCAAAAUUAUUUGUAAAACUUUUGGUCUUCUAUUUAAAAUAUGCUUUCAUAAUGAUUUUAAUUUCACAUGACCCUCACUAAUAAAAAUGGACUUACAACUAAAGUAUUGUAUGUAUUUCUAGAAAAUAUUUGUUUUGUAUUUUAUAGAGAUUUAUUUUACUCAAAAUUUUCAAGAAUUUGUUCCUCUUUUUCCCUUGGUGAUCCUUAGCACAAUACAGCAGCCCAUGGCCUGUGCAGUUUCACAGUGUGCUGAUGUCAUUAGUAUUGGAAUAAAUUACAUGUGAUGAUUUGCCUUAAUUUGAUUUUUGGUUUUAUUGGCAAUUCUAUGACCAUAUUUGAAUUUCUUAUUCAUGUACAUUGUUUGUUGACUGUA